GGAAGACCAGAAGCUGGGAAGAAAUCGGGGUUGAGACUGAGCUGUCCAUGGAGCCAAGGAGGAGUAGCCUGGCCACAGUGAUGUUGACUUUAGGGAUAAAGAAUGGAAUCAAUGAACAUCACCACCACUGUGACAGAAUUUGUCCUGUUAGGCCUGACACGGAGCCACAAGCUGCAGUAUUGUCUCUUUGUGACCUUCUUUCUCAUCUAUGUAAUAACCUGGCUGCUGAACUUCACCAUCAUUGCCACUGUGGCUGUGGAUCACCAGCUCCACACCCCCAUGUACUUUCUCCUGGCCAACCUUGCUUUCCUUGAUGUCAGUGACUCCUCAGUCAAUACUCCCAGACUGCUGUCAGGCCUCCUCACCCAGCACACAAUCAUCUCCUUCAAUCAGUGUUUCCUGCAGAUGUUCUUCUUCCAUUUCAUUGCGGGUGCAAUGUCGUUUUUGCUCCUGGGGAUGAUGGUGGAUCGGUACGUGGCCAUCUGUGAGCCACUGCGCUACCUGUCCAUCAUGAACUGGAACACCUGCACAGGACUGGUGGCAGCUGCAUGGCUGGGUGGAUUUCUUCAUUCUAUUACACAAACUGGUUUUCUUCUCCAGCUGCCAUUCUGUGGCCCAAAUGUACUGGACAAUUUCUACUGUGACGUCCCUCAAGUCAUCAAACUGGCCUGCACUGGCACUCGCUCAGCUGAGCUCCAGAUGGUGUUCAACAGUGGACUGAUCCUCAUCAGCCUUUUUGUAAUCUUGAUUAUUUCUUACAUUGUCAUCUUGCUUAAGAUAAGGACGUGCAUCACAGAAGGGAAGCGAAAAGCUCUGUCUACCUGUGGAACACAGAUAACUGUUGUGAGCUUAAUAUUCAUCCCCUGCAUCUUCACCUAUGCCCAGACUUAUAAGAAAUACCCUAUGGACAAGGUGGCCUCAGUUGUUUACACUGUGGUCACUCCAAUGCUAAACCCAAUGAUCUACACACUGAGGAACACUGAGAUGAAAAAGGCCAUCAGGAGAACACUGGGGAAAAUAUUUCUGUCAGCAGGAAUACAGAAACCAGAGCAGACAGUAGAUCCAAAGACAUCAAAUCUGGUGUUCCCAUGACAAAACUGUGAUCAUCCCUGAUAUUCCUGCUCCUUCAAUAAGUGAGCAACUUCCUAGAUGUGAGGUGGGGACAACAUUCGCCUCCCAUCCACUUAGGAAGGUCAGUCACAUGGGGUGUGCAGCAUGGUGGAAUGUCUAGGGCCUAAUAAAAAUUUGCAAUAGAUCACCUGCAAAGACAUCUCCAUGACACACCAAACCCUAAACCAGGACAAAUACCCUGGCACUGACCAUGCAAGGGGCCCUUCCCACAGCCAAGUUCUCUGCUCUGGAAACCACAGCUGAGCCUUGCACUCCAGCAUCUCACUUCUCUUCAGCACUCCUCUGUAGUUUCAUCUCUAAAUUAGCACUGAUGCCUUACUGAACCUGCAAAUAACACACUUUGGAGAUAAUAUUUGUAUGGGGGGGAAUAUAAAGGUUGGUCUUUAUUGGAGGCCUCCAGGGGCAGACAUGGAAAAUGUCCACAAAAUGCUCAUGCCCCACAGAGUUUAUAAGUUUAGCAAAUAAGCAUAAUUAACAAAAAUCACCAAUUAGGAGCACAAGAGGUGAUGCAAUUUUCCCCAGUUCAACUUUCUCUGAAUCCUCCCCCCUCAGAUAGAAACUAAACUUUGUUUAUAAAAAUAAGUCUGGAAGAGCAGGUUCCUAGGGAGAACCAAGAUAGGUUAGGGGUCUUGGAAUUAGUUUUGUCAUUCUGCCUGUUAGGGCAGGGAAAGUACUGGGAAAACUAACUCUAAUACAAUGAUAGACUGCAGGGAUAUAAAUAUAUGUACAAAGAAUAGAGAGAAUAUAUGAAAGAAAAAAGGCACAAAAUCAAUUUGGCAUCAGCACAAUGGCAUCUGCACAUUCCUGCAUUAGUAACUUCACCAGCAAUGUUGAGAUAGAGAAAAAAAAAUUCUGAAAAUGCUUUAGUGGGAGAAAAUUCUCAGACCUGUAAGGAUUAUUUAGGUUUAAUUCCCUUAGAGAGACAAGUGAGAAAUGAAAUCCCUUUUGACAGUAGAAACAAAAAUCUGAUGGGGAGAGAAACUGAUAAGAGGAAGUAGAGCUCAGAAUAAUAAAAGGAAAAAAAGAGAAAAGGAAGUAAUAAAAGCAAACAAGAGGAAAAACUUCCUUAUGUCACUUUCUGAUGCUUUGUCAAAGGUCAAAAUUUCAUGUCAUGUCUUGAAAUCAAAACAUUUCUCAAUAUUCUUUAUUUUCUCCAUUCUUCCUUCCUUCCAUGGAGAGCUGAAGGGCUCUUUGUGCUGGCUGUGUGUAUAAAUGGAGUGAUAUUUAUUUCUCUAACUGCAAAUUCUGAUCCAUCUGCCUGCCCAAAUGUCAGCACUGGCAGCAGAGGCUGCACCCAGACUGCCUCUGAUCUGAGCUGCUGCACUCCCUGCCUGCUGGAAGAGGGUGAAUAUUUGUGCCAGAGACUGGGGAAGGGUUUGUCUCUGCAUCCUUUAGAUAAAGUUUCCUCUGUCUCUUCAGUGUGCUGGCUGUUUCUGGCGCCAGGGGUGAUAAUUAUAGAAUUGUGGCAUCAGCUGUGGUUCUGGAGUGCUAACUCAGGUGCCAUGGAGUCUUAGUUAAAGCUCUAAAAUGCAUUAAUUAUUUGUAAUAAUUUAUUGUAUUUAUUAUUUCUUGUAACUUAUAUAAUUCCUGAACCAUGUGACCUCUAGAAGCCAUUGUCUAGAAUUCUCCAGAUCACUUCCUAAUUCAAUAAAUCAAACCUUUUUUCUUUCU